AUGCCUUCAGGGUUUUCUUUCGAAGCGGACAAUGCCUUCGGCCCUGUGAUGGAUUCUGGGUGCCGCGAUGGCUUUGAUUUCACCCUGCUGUUUGAGCAGGCCACAUUCGGCCUCAUCCCUGCGGUCGCGUUUCUCCUAUUAUCUCCUGUUCGGCUACAAAGUCUCGCAAAAUGUGAAGUGCGAAUCCAAUUUAAUAGAUUGAGGUCUGCGAAGCUGACAACUAUCUUCGCGUUUGCCGCGAUCCAACUCGCCCUGCUCAUAAGCUGGGCACAGAACGCUAAGCCCUAUACAAAAAUCUCCGUGGCAUCUGGAGCGGUUAAUCUGGCAGUGGCAAUGGUAAUUUUAGUCUUAUCGUGGAUGGAGGAUGAGAGAUCAGUCAGACCGUCAUCACUCCUUGCCAUUUAUCUUUUCUUCACCCUACUCUUCGACAUUGUGCAGACAAGGACUCUUUGGUUAGCGCGCGGUCGCGCUGGAAGUCUCAUUCCCAGCCUAUUUACGGCUAGUGUGGCUAUAAAGACGUGGAUGCUUCUUCUGGAGAGUUUAGGGAAGCGGAAGUACCUCACAGGUACAUAUCGUGGUCUGCCACUAGAGAGAACGAGUGGUAUCUUGGAUCGGUCGUUGAAGUGGUGGUUGAACCGUCUUUUUCAUGCUGGUUUCCGAUCGUUGCUCACCGUGAGUGAUUUGAAUGUCCUUGAUAAGCCUCUGGAGUCUGCAGGCGCGGCCAGAAAGACCCAGCGAGCUUGGGUCCAACGUCAGCGCCCUGAACGCCGCUUUGAAUCCCCUUUAGUAGUUUUUCCUCGACUGUGUAUGAUGGGAUUUACUUUUGCGCAGCCUUUCCUUAUCACUUCCAUGCUUAGCCGGCUUGAUGAUCCACAUGCCGUGAUGAACGAUGGCUACGGCCUCAUCGGCGCUACGAUUGUUAUCUACCUGGGAAUCGCUAUUUCCACGCUGUCAUAUAACCACAUGCUAAAUCGAUUUACGACAAUUUUCCGAGGGGCCGGCUCGUCGAUGAUCUAUGACCAUGCGUUGCGUAUCCCCGAUGGCAGACUGGAAGAUCGUUAA